ACAGCUACACAGAAGAACCACAGAAGAAACACUCCUCUAAAGCGAGAGGCAUCUUGCAUCGUCUGAAAAUGAGAUCCCUCAGUGUUGUCGUUGUUUUGGUGCUGUGUGUGUGCAGUGGAGCUCUAGGUGUGCAGGUCAUGGUUGGAGACAGGAGCUUCCCCUUGGAGGCUGUGAAGCAGCUGAAGGAGCUGAUGGAUUUAAAUGACAACGUCAGCCCUCGCCUCGCUGAGACGAGUGUUUUAGCCGCUUGCACAAACCCUCUCCUGCCUCAGGUCUUUCGGCCAGUUUGCCAAGGGAAGGGAGCAGCCAUUGUUUUCUCCAACCUUGUGUAUAUCACCACGCCUAAUGAUCCUUGUGAAAUAUGUGCCAACCCCUCCUGCUAUGGAUGUCUGAACUGAGGCUGCCAUCAUUGACGUACACUGAGACAUCGACCGAGAGACGCAGGGGAGCUUCAUCCUUCUCUCUUUGUGUCUGACAUCUGUGGACGUGGGUGAAACAUAUCAUGUCACCCAGCAUCCAAGCCAAAUGGGUCUGAAGAAUCAGUGUUGGAUUCAUUAAAACAAAAAAUGUUAUUCACCAUUUUUAUAUGUUUGGGUAGAUGCUGUAUAUAAAUAUAUAUAUAUAUAUAUAUAUAUAUAUAUAUAUAUAUGUAUAUAUACAUAUAUACAGUACAUACAUACAAAGGCCCUAAUCAAUUAAGUGUCUAAACAGCUGUUCUGUACAUUACUGAAUAUUAUUAUCGUCUUCAAAUUUCUUUAACAUUGAAGUUUUAAUUUAUUGAGUCUGGUGCAGCCUCCUGAUAAUAAAGUCUGUUAUUUGCA